GUCUUGUGCUUUCUGCCGAGUGGCAGCAUUAUUUUUGUUCUGUGGACUGUCUUGCUGUCCACUGCCCCUCACUCUGCUGCUUCACCUGCAUCCGGACUUUCUGUAACUACUUUUGGAAUAACCCACAUUUCCUCAUUUUGUGACCGGUGGAUUGUUUUUGGGAGUUGGUAGAGUAAAGCACAGUCUGACUUUGUAAGUUGGCGGAGUGGCCCUCAGGAUGUCAGAAUCAUUACAAGUGACGCUGAAGCAGCAGGAGCAGCAUCAGCUGCAGGAGAAGCAUCAGCAGCAGCAUCACUAUGAGAGCGCGUAUCACCUGAGCACCAAGUCGUCUGUAAGCAAGCAGUCGUUCUCCACUUACAAGACGACCACUCAGCGCGUGAAGACCUCUGUAAAGACAGAGAAGAGGCAGGAGGAGCUUAAGCUGAGCCCGCUACCUAAGAGAGCCAAGCGCACCUAUUUGGCCAUGGACAAGGACAAAGAAGUCAUUGGCUACGUUAUUCCUGUUUUCAGAGCCAACCAUGAUGUGGUUCGAGGCCUGUUGGAGGCCCAGGAGGAGGAGGCCACAGAGGAGGGCAUCAACUACGUAGCCAUGAGAAACCUGUUUGUCAGGGAGGCCAAGGAGGCGAUGGAGGUCAGGGUGGAGAAGAAAACCAGAACAACGCACAUCAGAGAGUCAGCUGAGCGUCUGGAACUGCACAGGACGAUGGAUGAGUGGGCAGAGUUCCGCAAGAAAAUGAACCCGGACAGCCUGACGCAUCCUCCAGAGUUUAUCGUCAAGCCCCGCGGGCAAACUGUGUGGGAGGGCAGCAACGUCACGCUGCACUGUACUGUGGCCGGGUGGCCCAAACCCAGGGUCGCCUGGUACAAGAACAACGUGCCCAUCGAUGCCAAGGCUCACCCCGAGAAGUACACCAUCGAGAGCACCUACAACAUGCACUCGCUGGAGAUCAGGAACUGUGAUUUCUUCGACACUGCCCAGUAUCACAUCUCUGCCCUCAACGUAAAAGGAGAGACAUCUACUGUGGCCACUGUUGUUGUGAAAAGGUUCCAGGAGGCCGAGGAAGCUGGUCUACUAGAUCUGAAACCACACGGCUUCUGCCCAGAGCACGGUGUCACCUUUAAGACCACCAUCAUUGACAAAUUCGAAGUGGCCUUUGGCCGCGAGGGCGAGACUCUGAGUCUGGGCUGCACUGUCAUCAUUUUUCCCACCGUCAAGCGAUACCAGCCCGAGGUUGUGUGGUCCAGAAACUCUGUGCCGCUGAAGCCGUCCAAGUGGCUGCACAGCCACUGGUCUGGGGAGCGCGCCACACUGACCCUGGUCCACCUCAACAAGGAGGACGAGGGCAUGUACACGCUGCGCGUCAACACCAAAUCCGGCUUCGACACCUACUCGGCCUACGUGUUUGUCAAAGAUGCUGACGUGGAGGUGGAGGGGGUUCCUGUCGCCCCCCUGGACGUGCGCUGUCAUGAUGCCAACAAGGACUACGUGGUGGUGACCUGGAAGCAGCCGGCGGUGGAGGGCAGCAGCCCCAUCCUGGGCUACUACAUCGACAGGUGCGAGGUGGGAACCCACCACUGGGCUCAGUGCAACGAGACCCCAGUGAAGUACGCCCGCUUCCCGGUCACUGGGCUGGUGGAGGGACGCUCCUACACCUUCAGGGUCAGGGCCCUGAACAAUGUGGGACUCAGCCGCCCGUCGCGUGUGUCUGAGCCUGUGGUUGCCAUGGAUCCCUCCGACAGAGCCCGCCUCAGAGCCGGACCCUCGGCCCCCUGGACAGGAAUGAUCAAGUUCACCGAGGAGGAGCCCACGGUUGGUGUGGUUCCUGGAGAACCAACUGAUGUUGUGGUUACCGAGGCAACCAAGAGCUACGUGGUGCUCGCCUGGCAACCUCCGGUCCAGAGAGGUCACGAAGGAGUCAUGUACUACAUUGAGAAGUGCGUCUCAGGCACCGACGCCUGGCAGAGGGUGAACACCGCUGCGCCCGUCAAGUCUCCGCGCUUCGCCCUGUUCGACCUGGCGGAGGGAAAGUCCUACAGCUUCCGCGUGCGCUGCUGCAACUCGGCGGGCGUGGGCGAGCCGUCCGUGUGCACAGAGGACAUCACCGUGGGGGAUAAGCUGGACCUGCCCUCGGCUCCAGGCAUCCCAGUGCCCAUCAGGAACACCAGCACCUCGGUGGUGGUGACCUGGGGCGCCUCCAAGGAAGUCACACAACUGGUCGGCUAUUAUAUUGAGUGUAGCAUGGUUGGCACUGACGUCUGGAUGCCCUGCAACAACAAGCCUGUCAAGCAAACCAGGUUUGUGUGCCACGGCCUGACCACUGGGGCGACCUACGUGUUCAGGGUGAAGGCGGUCAACGCCGCGGGCUACAGCCAGAGCUCCCCCACUUCGGACAAAGUGCUUGUAAAAGCUGCCAUCUCCACCCCUGGGAAGCCCACCGGUGUGACCUUGCUGGAGGCCUUCAAGGACUACAUGGUGCUGGGCUGGGCCGCGCCUGCUAAUAACGGAGGUGCUGACAUCAGGGGAUACUUCGUGGACUACAGGACUGUCAAGGGCAAUGUUGUUGGGAAAUGGCACGAAAUGAACCUGAAGGCGCUGACUGUAACCACUUAUAAAGCUGAGAACCUGAAGGAGAACGUCUUCUAUGAGUUCCAGGUGCGUGCUAUGAACAUGGCGGGCGUGAGCGUGGCCUCCGUUCCCUGUGCCCCGCUGGAGUGCAAGGAGUGGACCAUUACUGUGCCAGGCGUUCCGGUCGGGCUCCACGCGCAGGAGGUCCGGGACACCUCCCUCGUGGUGCUGUGGGAGCCCCCUGUGUUCGAAGGCCGCUCUCCCGUCAAUGGGUACUAUCUGGAUAUCAAGGAGGCGUCUGCUGGAGAGGAGGGCUGGAAGGCCGUCCACGAGAAGGUCAACAGGAUGAAGUACAUGAAGGUGACUGGGCUCAAGACUGGCACAUCCUACGUCUUCCGCCUGCGUGCGCAAAACAUUGCAGGAGUUGGAGGGACCUCAGCGGUGUUGGGUCCAAUCGUGGCCCAGACUCGCCCUGGAACCAAAGACAUUUACGUGGAUGUUGACGAUAAUGGCAUCAUCUCGAUGGUGUUCGAGUGUCCUGACAUGAAGCCAGGUUGUGAGUUUGUGUGGUCCAAGAACUACCAGGCUUUCACCGACACCUCACGUCUGACCAUUAUCAGCGAACGUGGCAAAUCCAGAGCUAUCUUCAACAGUCCGUCCCUGGAGGACCUGGGCACCUUCUCCUGUGCGGUCACCAACACUGACGGCGUCUCCUCCAGCUACACGCUCACAGAGGAGGGUCUGAAACGUCUCCUGGAGAUGAGCCACGACCACAAAUUCCCUGUGAUUCCCUUUAAGAACCAAAUGGCCAUGGAGCUGCUGGAGAAGGGUCGCGUGCGGUUCUGGACUCAGGUGGAGAAGUGCACUUCAGCCUGUCAAGUGGACUACGUCUUUAACGAUGUCAUCAUCACUCAGGGGAAGAAAUAUACCAUGAACUUUGACAAAUCCACUGGCAUCAUCGAAAUGUUCAUGGACUCUCUGGAGGUCACAGACGAGGGAACCUUUACCUUUAACCUGGUCGAUGGGAAGGCUAAGGGUACCACCAGCCUGGUGCUGAUUGGAGAUGAAUUCAGGGAGCUUCAAAGGAAAUCAGAAUUUGCGAGGGCCGAAUGGGUCAGGAAACAAGGUCCUCACUUUGUUGAGUACCUGGACUUCGCGGUUACACCACAGUGCGAUGUGCUGCUGAAAUGCAAGAUAGGAAACGUCAAACCAGAGACUGAGAUCACCUGGUCUAAAGACAGCAUUGAAAUCGCAGAGGACGACGAGGAUGCGAAGAAAAUCGAGCGAAAGGAUGGAGAUCUGACCUUUAAUAUCGGAAAGAUCUGCAAGAAGGAUGCGGGUAUCUAUGAGGUGUUCCUCAUGGACAGCAGAGGCAAAGAUAAGAGCACCUUCAAACUGACGGAUGCAGGAUAUCAAGCUGUAAUGAAUGAGCUGUUCAGGGUUAUUGCCAACUCCGCCAGUGAAAUCCAAGUCCUCAGCACUGAACACGGCAUCGUCCUCUACUCCACGGUCACGUACUACAACGAGGAGCUGCGCGUGGGUUGGCUGCAGAAAGACACUAAGAUUGCAGCGUCAGAGAGAGUCAAGUCUGGAGUCACCGGAGAGCAGCUGUGGCUGAAGAUCAAUGAGCCCACGGAGAAGGACAAAGGGAAAUACGCCAUCGACAUCUUCGAUGGCAAAGCUGGUGUGAAGAGAGUCUUUGAGCUGACUGGUCAGGCAUGGCAACAGGCAUUUGAAGAAUUUCAGAGGCUCAAGGCGGCAGCCAUUGCAGAGAGAAACCGUGCUCGUGUUGUUGGAGGUUUGCCAGAUGUGGUUGCAAUCCAAGAAGGCAAGUCCCUGAAUCUGACUGGCAACGUCUGGGGUGAUCCUGCACCGGAGGUGUCCUGGGUCAAGAACGACAAAGUGCUGGUAUCGGACGAUCACUACAAACUCAAGUUUGAGCAUGGAAAGUUUGCCAGCAUCACAAUUGCCUCCGUCACAACAACUGACUCUGGCAAAUACGCCCUCCUGGUCAAGAACAAGUACGGCACAGAGGCUGGUGAGUUUACUGUCAGCGUGUACAACCCAGAGGAAGAGGAGGGCAAGGAGGAGAAGAAAGACUAAAGAUGAUGCAGCGUGGAGAAACAAAGGGGUCUCCAAAGCAUUUUACCCCGGCACAUGCCGGCGUGCCAGCGCAAUCUAAAUAAAUCAUGAAUACAG